CGGUGGGCGAUCCUUCUUUUCUCUGUUUUUCUCUCUAUCCUUCUUAUUUGCUGUUUUUUUUUUAAAAGUGAAAUAAUAUGAGGACACGGAGAGUGAUCUGAUGUUAAGUAUUCAAGCUCGGUUCUUCAGUGUUUUUAGAAUCUGAAUAUGGGUUUUUCAGGAAUACCUUCAUCGAUCAUUCUACCAACAGAAGGGAUCAUCGGUAUUGCGUUGAAAAUGUAUGUGGUGGAGAGCAAAGGUGGAGCCAUAGCAUGCAUGCUACUUGCGCUCUUCUUCUUGGGCACAUGGCCUGCUGUCAUGACUCUCCUGGAAAGACGGGGCCGUCUUCCUCAGCAUACUUACCUCGAUUAUUCAAUCACGAAUCUCCUGGCUGCUGUAAUUAUUGCUUUUACAUUUGGUGAGAUAGGGAAGAGCACGCAUGAGGCACCGAAUUUCUUAACCCAGCUUUCUCAAUUAAGCGACAAUUGGCCUUCUGUUAUGUUUGCAAUGGCCGGUGGGGUGGUCCUCAGCCUUGGGAAUUUAUCCACACAGUAUGCCUGGGCUUUUGUUGGUUUGUCGGUGACAGAAGUGAUCACUGCUAGCAUAACUGUUGUUAUAGGCACAACGUUGAAUUACUUCUUAGAUGACAAAAUUAAUAAUGCCAAAAUUCUUUUCCCGGGUGUUGGCUGCUUCUUGAUUGCUGUCUGCCUUGCUUCAGCUGUUCACUCGUCCAAUGCAGCUGAUAAUAGAGCCAAGCUCAGCUGUUUGUCAAACGAUGACAAACUUCGAUCAGUCUUUUGCAGGGCUACAGACAUCUCCACAUCCAGAGAAGCUUUUCCAGAAAAGGAAAGAAGGGCAAAAUUUGGAACAGCAGGCUUCCUUGUAGAGCUUGAGAACAGAAGAGCAAUCAAGGUGUUUGGGAAGAGUACUUUAAUUGGACUGGCCAUAACUUUCUUUGCUGGCAUUUGCUUCUCGCUCUUCUCACCAGCUUUUAACUUGGCAUCAAACGAUCAAUGGCACACCUUGAAAAAAGGGGUUCCUAAGUUGGUUGUCUACACUGCAUUUUUCUGGUUCUCGGUCUCUUGUUUUGUACUGGCCAUCAUUCUGAAUGUCACCUUCCUCUAUCACCCUGUGCUGGACUUGCCUAGAUCAUCAUUGAAAGCGUAUAUUAAUGAUUGGAAUGGCAGAGGCUGGGCGUUUUUAGCUGGUCUCUUGUGUGGGUUUGGGAACGGUCUUCAAUUUAUGGGAGGUCAAGCUGCAGGAUACGCAGCAGCAGAUGCAGUCCAGGCGCUUCCGCUUGUGAGUACAUUUUGGGGCAUUCUUCUAUUUGGUGAGUACCGGAAAUCAUCGCGAAGAACGUAUGUAUUUCUUGUCAGCAUGUUGCUCAUGUUUGUCGCAGCUGUGGCAGUUCUCAUGGCAUCAGCAGGGCAUCGAAAAUGAAUAUAGUUUACCGUCGCAGUUCAAUUAUGAUCGCAUAUAUUGUCGAGAGGAAGAAAACUCCGUGACCACUUGGUUGAUUGAGAUUGAAAAUAUCAUGUAUCAAUACUCUCAAUGGAAAGGAAAUGCUUUCUUUCCAUUAACACAAGAACACGGAUUCUUAAUUGCUUUCGCGAAAAGAAAAACAAUAACACAUUAGGGGUGGUGGGUGAAGGAAAAGUUAAAAUGUGAAGAA